GCGCGACUGUGUUGCUCCUCCUCGGCUGACUUUUCGAUUGAAGAGUGUAAAGACACAUCAACCGGAAAGCAAACUUUUUUCUUCGACUUUUUUUCUCUGCGGCCAAAGAGGAAAAAGAGACGACACUUGUUUUCAUAAGGCCCACACAGUUCCUCAUUUCGGUCAUUUGCGUCUGCUGUUCGAAAUGUGUCAGCUGCCGGGAGAAGCGACAACUUUCUGCCGAGGGUAAAGCGACGUCGACGGAUUUCAGGCCAGUCAUAACUCACAUAACGGAUUUUGGCCCUCUAUCAUGGAAGAUGGUGUGAAAGAGCCAACGUUCCUGGAUCUGGCAGGUUGGGUGAAGAAGGCUCCUGGCAGACUGUUGGCAAGCUAUAAGGACCGCUAUAUUCAUGUGGAAAAGACAGAGAUUGUAGUGUAUGAAAAUGAGGACCUCCAGAAGUGCGUGGAGAGAAUUGACCUGGAAAACUAUGACAGAUGUCAUGAACUAAAGAGCCCCUUCAAGAAGAGGCACAGACUGAUACUGAUUCGAUCAAUCAAGUCUAGAAAUAAGGUCACUGAUGUUAAGUUCCAGGCUCAAACAGCAGAAGAGAAGGAAGCUUGGAUCAAAUCCUUUACUGAAGGCAUCAAUCGAGCAAAGAACAAAGUCUUUGAUGAGGUGAAGGUUGAUGAAAGCAGUAAUUUAGACCAUGUUACUCGAACAAGGCCUAAAGGGAACCGUAACCGGCGGCCACCAACAAGGAUACACAUGAAAGAGGUAGCUGUUAUGUCGUCUGAUGGUAUCCUACAUUUGGAUCUUGAUCUGGAGGAUACUGUAAUGCCUAGUGGGACCCAUCAUGCCAAUACUGAUAGUACUGAGACCCCUAAAGAAGCCAUCACAGUCUUAAUGCCGUUUUUGAAUGUCACUGAUGCUGAAGACAAACAGUCCGGGUCAAGUGCUGAGGAGAUUAAACAAGAGGAUAGUCCCAAGAAAAACAUAAUCAAACCUCCAAUGCCUCCUACCAAAGACCUUAAACCCAGUUCAGUACCCGAGGAAGAACCUGAUAAGGAUGAGGCCUCAGAGAAAAGGGUUCUGAAGCCGCCUAUGCCUCCAUCUAAAGAGGCAAAGUCCUUUAUCACACCUAUUGAGGAGGCUACAGAGGAGAGCAACACUGAGAAGAUGUCUGAAAAGAGUCCUGAUGCCUGGAAAAUAACAGAUGCACCACCAACCCCACCCAACAAACCCAGCUCCGGAAGCCCCUUUAGCAGCCUCAAAGAACCAUCAAAAUCCAGACUAAACCCCCAACCUCCUACCCCCCCAUCAAAAGAGAAGAAGCCCUCUCAACCUAUUCCAGACCAAGAGGUUCAAGGCAAAGCAGAUGGGAAUAAGAAGAAGGAUGAGGACACUAGAAAGGAGACAAAAGGAACAGCAAUAGAAACAGAUGAGGAUGGUCAUUCAAUUUUCAAAGAAGCUCUGGAGAACAUAAAAGGGGAUUUAAGUCCUAGCACAGAAGAACAGGUUUCUGAAGAAGCAUCAAGGGAGUAUGUAAUUCUCCAUUCUCCGCUUUUAACCCACAAGAACAUACCAGAGGAACCUGCUCAGUCUGACACACAAGAUUCAAAAGAGAAGCCAACUGUAAGUCAGCCAACAACAGCCCCAGAUACUUUCGACAGUUCUCUUCAAGCAGAAGAGUGUAUAAGCAAGAAUCAAGUGCCCUCAAUUGUCUCUUCUGAUGAACCAUACACUGACAGUUUUAAGUUGAGUCCACUGCUCUGUCACUUACCUGGGGAGAAGAAAAGGAAGGCAGAGGAAAAAUCAGUUGACAGCGGUCAGCACUCAGACAAUGACAGUGAAGGCUCUGGAAGUGAAGACACACUGGCGGCUACCACAGCUUCGUUGAGAGGGAGCCAGUCUGGAUUGGAUGUGUUAGAUGCCAGGGAGGAUAUCAUUCAGAUAUCUGGACAACAUUCAUACAACAUACAGGAUAUAGCCAAGCCUCAAGUUAAAUCAAAGGUCUUUCCCUUUUCACACUCAAAGCCCACAAUUCCUCUCAAACCCUCCACCAAGGUCAGGUCAGCUUCAAUUGGAGAUCUGCUGUCAGACUCUUUAAUCUGUGUUCAGGUGAGACAACAUACCAUAGCUUUGGCUCCAAACAACUCAUCUCCUACAGAUGACGUCAUGCAACUUGAGAUUGAAGUGGCUCUGGAAAUGGAAAAGACGGAUGAGCUCCUGAGCAAAAUGUCGCAGUUCAAGAACAAAGGUGAUGGUGAGGGCAAGCCAGAGAAUCUGCUGGCCGAGGCCAUGGAGAAAUUAAAGAAAGCUGACCAUGUGCUCAGGGAGGUCAAAAAGCUGAAAAUAGCGAAGAACUCAAUCUACAGAAAGAGCUGGUGAAUGACAGUCAUAGCGGAUUGACAGGGAAUUUACCAUUUUCUAAACCCCUCACAUGGAUAGUUAUUGUUUCUCUUGUAGCCUAGCAAAUUAAAAUAUGCACAGCAGCCCUGCUCAAUUUAGAAUUUCUUCACCUAUAGUUUUUAAUCUGGAAAGGCUAAGAAAAAUCAAACAGACAAACAUGAGAUGUUUGCGAGGAACAGAUUUAACAGUGUCUGGUCAAAUUAUAAGCUUCAAUAAUCAGCAUGUACAGCUAACUAGGUUCCUAACGACUGUAGUGGAAUGUUUUCAUUUUGUGUGUUUACAGGUUAAAAAGGGUCCCAUUCCUGACAAACUCAUUUGAUUUUUAUUAUUUCCCAGGUGUGUGGAGGUUAGUCUGGAGCUCUGUCCCUCAAUUUAUCAAAUUAGGGAAAUGUAUCUCUCCCACAUACCCUGCUAAUUUUACCUGAGGUAGAAUGAAAUGUAUUCAAAUCCAUCCUAAAAGCCUGUCCCUUGUAAGCAUCGGACCCUAACCACAAGCUCUCUUGUCGUAUUUGUGUGUGUGUUCUACCAAAUGGCACGGCUUUUUCAUCCUGAGAUGUUUAUUCGCUUUUAGUUUUUUCAUUUUUGCGUCUGUUGUUUGUUAGAAGCAUCAUCAAACCCUCCAACUGUCGUGGUCCAUCCAGCAGGGGAUCUCCUGCAAACUUUCUGAUGAAUUUCAUACUUGGGGGCCAGGCAGACAAAGUAUAUAGAAAGUGGAUUGAUACAUAAACCUCUUCCAGAUAAAAUGAUCUCCGGAGUUCAGUGCAUCUGCAAGUUACAGAUUCAAAAUUGAAUUCUGAAAACUAAAUUUGAAACUGUUAUCACUGUAAAUUGCAUAUGUUCUAUGUGAGUGGCAAGACUGCCUUUAGGAAUGUUAGCUGAAUGGCUCAGGGCUUAGUAAAUGAUUAAUUAAUGGACCUUUUUUAUGGCUGUUUUAAUGGUCAUGGCACAUGAAACAGUUUGCUCAUUAUUAACUAAGUGCAAUUAUUUCUAGCUUACCUUUCUGUGCAGCUGAGCAGAAGUGCUUAAUUUUCGACUAUUAUUUAUUUUUUCUAUGUGAAUAUAAGACAUUUACAAUAAUACUUACUUGAAAGGUAACAUUAGAAUUACGUAACGACAGUAACUUCAUUUAGAACUAAAAAGUACUUAAACAUUAAAACCAAAUUACAAAACUGUUGAUACUUUGAAUAGGGCAUUUAUACUGUACAUAUUUUCACUACAGCACAUGCUGUUUGUUGAGAAAGAAAUGUACCAACGAAAUCCUUUUUCUUUUUGUUUAAUUAUACUUUUCAAUAUAUAUUUUCAUUCUAAUGACAUGAUAACGCCAAUGAUUAUGAUCAAAGCACUGCAUUCUACAUAGACCAUUACAUCUUGUAAGAUCUUGUAAGAGGUAAUGGUCGUUUUAACUAUUUUAGAAUUAAUGUCAUGCCCUAAAUGGCCAGAAUAUUUUUUAACGUUUGAUAUCAUUUUGUACUCUUGGAUAUACUUUUCUGUCUCUUAAAUAAAGAAAGGGAAACUAUU